AUGAUUAUUCGUAAGAUAACAGUUGAGUUUGGGUGUGCAGAAGCAGGUCGACAAUUUGAGGGUGAGAAUGGUACGAAGCUGUUGCGUGAAAGAGGCCUUAAAAUGCCAAAAAUGAUGAAGGACAUGUUCAGACACCUAUGUGAAACUUUCAACCAAGAUGAUCAUAAAACCCGCCAAUUGGAAACGAUUGGUUUCCUUCAUGCUGGGCUCAUGAUGGUACUUCUGCGCCUGGACUCACCAGCCGGAUAUGUGUGUCGUGUGUCACGAUCAAAAUCUUUUUCUAUCGCUACAAAUAUUAAAGAAUUUGGAAAGACACUUCCUUUAAUUUCUUUGACAUGGAAGGCUAAAAAAAUUGUUGAAAAUAUGAUCAGUUUAAUUGAACAAACUAAUGAAACCGAUGAAGACCAAUUACAACGUCUACAAGAUGUCUACGAUAUUACACCACUUUCACCACGAAAACGAAAAAAAGUAGACUUACCAACAUGCUUGGACACUCCAACAAAACCGUCAAAGAGAGUCAAAGAAAUCCCGCAUGAUCUGCUUGGACCACCACCACCAUUUAACCUGCUACCAAGCAUAGUAUCUUGCCCAGAUCCUCAGUGUGAGGGAGAAAAUAAAGUUACUGCUAAAUUUUGUUCGGAUUGUGGAAAGCCAUUAAUGGAAUGA